AUGGCGUCCCUGGAGCGAUCACUGGGUGAGGCCUGCGACCGCCUCGACGCGCUCUACAGGGUUAGGCAGCGGUCGAGGCGCGUCCUCAAGCCCGGCACCAGAUGGGAGGAGGACUGUGGCAACGUCAUCGGGCGCGUGGCGGCGCUGGUCGCGCGAGGCGAAGCGGCGGAGCGCGAGCAGGUCUUCGACCUGUUCGCGGAGCGGCGCGUCCUGCAGGUGAUGGCGGCGCUGGGGCGCGAGGGACCCGUGUCCGUCAAGCAGCGGGUCCUGCGAGCUUGCGCGCUGCUCGCGCAGAAUAUAAGGAGGCAGCAGGCCCUCUACCUCCUCCUGUCGUCGCCGGCGAUCGACGCGAUCCUGCGCGACGCCCCGGCCUUCCUCGACGACGACGAGACGCGGUGCGUGUUCGUGGCCCUCCUCAAGACGCUCUCGGUGCGCCUCGACGCGACGACGGUGCAGUUCUUCGUGUCCGACGACCGGGCGUUCCCGCUGCACGACGCGGCCGUGGGCGCUCUCGAAAAGAUCGGCGAGGAGCCGUUUGGCACGCCGGAGCGGGCGGGCUGCCUCGCGACGCUCCUGCACUGCUGGGGGGUCGACGACGCGAACGCGCGGCGGGCGUGCGCGGGUCGGGCGCCCGACGCGCUGAACGCCGUGGGAAGGGCGCUCGCGCGGGCGUUCCACGCCGCCGUCGACGCCCUCGACGACGCCUACCUCCUGCAGGGCGGCGCGGCGGAGAUCGAGGAUCUGGCGACGUUUCUGCGGGACGCCGCCGCGUCGAAUACGCCGGCCGCGUCCCACGCCGCGCACGACACGGCGUCGGCCGUGGCGGCCUUCCUCGCGGCGACGGUCGUGGGCGGGCCCGCGCCGCCAGAACGCGCGCUCGGCGCCGUCGCGUGGAUCCGGGUCGCGACCGCCUCGCAAGUCGCGAAAAACGCCACCGCGGAGACGGUUCUGCGGGCGGUCCCCGGCGCGCUCGUGGCCGGCGACUCGGGCGCGGCGCUGGCCGCGGCGCUGGCGUGUCGGGACGCGGCCCUUGCUACGCCGCCCGACGGCCUGAUGACGGCCUUGACGACUCGGGCGUUCGCGGCCGACACGCCGCCGGCCCUGCGGGCGGCCUGCGCGUCCGCGGCGGCCGCCUUGGCCGGUGCCACCGAGGGGGGCGACGAAAACGCGCGGGGCGCUCUCCUGGGCCGCGUCGACCUGGUCCUGCGCGGCGGCGGCGCCGACGAAGACGGCGCGCUCGCGGCGUGGGCGGCGGUCGAGGUCGCGGCCGCGUUUGCGGCGAUCAAUGGGGUCGUGCCGCCGCCGGCGCCGCAGCCGCCGCCGGGUUAAA